UGACAGAGAAAGCUUGUGAUAUAUGCGCAAAAUCAAUUUGUGGAUAGAGCGGGAAAUUGAUUCAAGUUUGAUGCUGAGACGGUGUCCAAAUGUAUAAGGUACGGAGAACCUGCUGUUUCAUUGAUUGAAGAUAUAAAAAGGAAGCAUUAGGUUUGUACCCUGUCUGGCUCAUAGAAUACUAAGUCACAACGUAAGUGUGAAGGAUUAAGCAGCUUAGGAUACCAUUAGCAUGUUUCUAUGAUAAUUUUUUCAAAGGUACAACAGACUGUGUAGAAGAACCUGGUCGCACAAAAAAAAGAUCAGCUUCAAAGAUCAUCGCAGGUGGAUGAAACGAUUCAAUUUGAGCUCAGCACAUAUAAAUACGACGCGCCCCUGCUUUGCGGGCUCUGUCCCAACUCACGAAGUGACGAGCUUGCUUUGAUGCCGACAUAUCGUUCCAAAACCGGACGAAAUUUGCAAAGAAAAAGGCUUCAGAAGUGUACAGAAUGAAUAGUAGUACUUCAAUACCGCCAGAUUCACGAAGCCAAGAUGCAGAGACAUCAUCGCGGUGGUUUUAUGGGUUAGUGAACGAAAGACUUGAUAACAUUAUAGAAUCAGACUGUGUAUUAAUGAGGUCAUCAGGCUGGCAGAAGGAGCGAAAGUUUUCGAUGAGAUGCUUUGUGGCGUCUCGUUUCGACAUAGCAAAUUUGAUUGGAUAUGCAGCCGGCCAGGUCUUUGGUCGUGUCUUGGUUAAUAAACAACUUGUUUUGGUCUUGCAGUUGUUGUAUUAGUGUCUCGCAUACCCAUUAAGCAUGGAUAGAGAAUUCUUUCGCAUAGUCAAAAGCUCAGAUUUUAGUGUUUAUUUGAUCCCUAGCCAGUGAAGCCACAUAAUGGAUACUGACAGAACAGGUGUCUUGCACAGGGCCAAGCAUUCAACCAAGAUAAUCAUUCGCUCGUUGAUUAAUCACGUUCGAGCAUCUGUCGAGAUAUUCGACAUAUGGCAAU